GCGGGAUAGAGGCUGGCGCGGGGACCCGCCGAGGUGCUCCUAGGGGACCCGAGCGUGAAAGAUCAGACCUGGCUCCAAAGCAAGGCAUCCAUCUGUCCCCAAAACCUGAGCAUUGCGAGUGAGUUCCCAACGGAGAAGCAGAGCGCGGGUGCCACGCACAGUAUCUGAAAGAGAGGAAGCGUCACCACCUCUGCACGCCCCCCAACAAAAUGGCUGCUCUUGGAUACACCCUGCCCUUCUACACUGGCACCAAGCCAACCUUCCCAAUGGACACAGCUUUGGCCGUUAUAAUCACCAUCUUCCUGACUGCACUGGUCACCUUUAUCAUCAUCCUGCCUGGCAUCCGUGGGAAGACGAGGCUGUUCUGGAUGCUGCGGGUGGUGACCAGCUUAUUCAUCGGGGCUGUGAUCCUGGCUGUGAAUUUCAGUUCGGAGUGGUCUGUGGGUCAAAUCAACACCAACACGACAUACAAAGCCUUCAGUCCCAACUGGGUCACCGUGGAUGUGGGACUGCAGAUCGGGCUCGGAGGAGUCAACAUCACACUCACAGGGACCCCAGUGCAGCAGCUGAACGAAACCAUCAACUACAAUGAGGAGUUCCUGUGGCGCUUGGGAGGGAGUUACGCAGAGGAGUACACAAAGGCGCUGGAGCGGGGCCUUCCAGACCCGGUGCUCUACCUGGCUGAGAAGUUUACCCCUCAAAGCCCAUGUGGGCUGUACAACCAGUACCGCCUGGCAGGACACUAUGCCUCAGCCAUGCUGUGGGUGGCAUUCCUCUGCUGGCUGCUGGCCAAUGUGAUGUUGUCUAUGCCGGUGCUGAUUUAUGGUGGCCACAUGCUGCUGGCUACUGGCCUCUUCCAGCUGUUGGCACUCUUCUUCUUCUCCAUGGCCACAUCAUUCAUAUCGCCCUGUUCGCUGCGCUUGGGCACCGCUGUGCUGCACACUCACCAUGGGCCUGCUUUCUGGAUCACCUUGGCCACAGGACUGUUGUGUAUUCUGCUUGGCCUAGCCAUGGCAGUGGCCCACAGGAUGCAGCCUCACAGACUGAAGGCUUUCUUCAACCAGAGUGCCGAGGACUCAGUGCUGGAGUGGGGUUCUGAGGAAGGGGGACUCCUGAGCCCCCGUUACAGGUCCAUGGCUGAGAGUCCUGAGACCCAGGACAUUCCCAUGUCAGAAGCUUCCUCUGAAACAUGUUUCAAGGAAGAACACAUCAAACCGUCUGACUGUGCCCUGUGAUGUUCCUCUACUGGUGGUCACCUGAGUUUCCAGAUGGGCUCCAGACCUCACCGGAGCCUCCAUAAACCACCAGAACAGCCCAGGAGGUGGUCUUGGGUGUGUCAGACACCCAACUCCAAUUUGAAAAAUAGAGCAAAAGUCCCAAGGUUCUGAAGAGAUGUCAACCGUGCCUAUAAUCACUGCUGUUUUGCAAGACAGCAGGGAUGAGUCUCUGCGCAAACACCACCUUCUUGGAUGCUUUGCCUCUUCAAGGUCAACCUCCCUCUCAGAACCAACAUUUUGGGCAUCAAAGUGGUCCCUCAGCAUCCAUCACUUUGUUUUGAGGGCCUGGGUCCCUCUCCUUUCUUUUUCGAUUGCUCUCACAGCUUAUGUGACCUCUGAGCCUGCACUGGAAGGAGACCAAACAUCUUGUCCCAGAUCUAACACUUACCAGUUGUGAGCCACUUUCUCUUUGAGCUUUAGUUCCCACAUAUGCUGUGUAAGAUUCUGGGACUUGGGAAGAACCUUUGGGGAAAAAAAUCCCACGAUGUAUAUAAUGUGUAUGAGUAUUUUGCCUGCAUGUAUGUCUGUGCACCACUUGCAUGCAGUGCCUGAAGAGGCCAGGAGAGGGCGUUGCAGAGAUCCCCUGGAGCUGGAGUCACUAUGUGGGUAUAGUACUCCAACCCCAGUACCCUCUACCACUGAACCAUCUCUCCAGACUCCCAGGAUUUAUAUUUUUAUGCCUUGUUAAUUUCUCUUUUAGCUCUCAGGUACAAAAACAAAAGAAGUCAAGUGGGAAGAAUUACGGAAUCAACGCCAAAAUCUUAAUUUUUUUCCCAGUAGAUUCAGUUUGGCCAGUAGAGAGAGAUGUGGGCAUUAUAACCACCCUGUGGGGCAGCUCCCGAAGAUGCAGGCGCCUGUCAAUUCCUCUCGGUCUUCACUAGAGGGCGCACCUCUCCCAGAUCCCU